AUGAAACUUCUAGCGCGUCUUCAUUACAAUACGAACACAGUUAGUGAUGCACCGGAUGUUAGGCAGUCCCCGCCCGAGUCCCCGAAUUAUGCACAAGGAGGCCCAAUCAGUCAUGCGGCUUAUGAUCCAGUGCAUGACGCCUAUGAUCUACCUCGUGUCGAGCCGAAUCAGGCUGGCGAUUACCAAGGCACAUAUACCACCGAUGUUUAUCACAGAGGUGAUCGCAGCGUCCCUCACGCGUAUGAAUCUCCCAGGCGGUACGAAAAUACGACACUCGCGCCAAUUCAGCCCCUUCAUCAUCAUGGCCAUCUACCACAUUCGUCGGUCCAUACGUCCGAAACGUCGAUGUACAGGACUUCCGCACGAACACAUUCUCCGGGCCACAGUCUCCACUCAUUCCAAGUCCAUUCGCAGGCACAACCCGCAAGUUCGUCGUCAAGUACCCUACCUCAUGGAGCGACACACCCGGCACGUGGCGAAGGCGAAUCUGCGCCCUAUCCGUCCCUUCCCCCUCUAAGCAUCCCUGCACAAGCAUCCUCCUCGUCCGGCGAGGGGAAAGGCGGUUCGAAACGGAUCGUCAUGGCUUGCCACCAAUGCCGUGGUCGUAAGAUACGUUGCGACGCGGUUCGCCCGGCAUGUUCUAACUGUGUGCGCCGUCGCGAGGAAUGCCGCUACGACGCGAAACCCAAGAGACGUGGACCCGACAAGGUGCCAGGCUCACGCAUGCGUUCGUGCAAGUCCCGUAAGCAGACAGCCGAAGAGACAUCCCCCUCAGGCACGUUUCGCUUUUGUCGUCACCGUUGUUCUUUUCAAGCUCAACAUAGGUGCCGUCUCUAG